GUGUUUUAUUUACCCCCGAAUAGUUUAAACCAUCUAAGACACCUCUACAACAUCAAAUGUUUGCCAACUUUGAGCCCCAGACAUUGAGCUAUAUAAGUCGGCUUCUUUUUGUGUUCAGGAAAUUCCUGAUGUACUUAUUAGCUCCGACGAAGAGCGUCUAAUACCCACUUUACCCUUUGACCAGAGACGUUUGUAUAACCUGUCUAGGAUAGCCAGUCUUGAGAGGCGACUAGUCUUCAAGCCUCAUAGCGAUUGACCUGUUGACAUGUCAGCCCUCCAUUUGCAAGAAAAUCUUUCAGAGCCACUAUCAUAGUCUUUAUUCAAGUCGAGCUUCCUCAGCGCGUUGUUUAAAAAAAAAGAGAUUCGCUGAUCAGAGGGAAGUGAAAUCAAAGCCGUUUUGGAACGAUUACCUUGUAAACUAUGGACGUUUCUUGAAUCAACCAUUAACAAGUAUUGCCUGGAACCUUUCUGAAGCAUCGUGAUCUAGUUUGUGUAAACAAGAUGAUCGUGGCAAUGAAAUCAUUACACUCUGAAAUUGGUCUUUUUGCAGUGCUAUAAAUUCUCACAAUACUUAAUCGUGAUUUUAUCAAAUUGAUCAUUGGACUUUGCAAUUCAUUCCAGCAAAAUGAUCCAGAGUCUUCGACCUGUUUGGGUAGAAAAGGUGGGCCAAUAUUCCACAGGUACUUGGCACAAGUAUGGCGGCUGACAUUCGAACCAGCAUAACGGACGUUUCUUUCCGCUAUGGUUCUGAAACAGACAGGCUUCGCGACGGGGCGUAACCAUUUCAGUUUCACGUGCUCGGUAAAUGUUGUGUAGAUACACUUGCAGUCAGCAUACAAAAACAAUAACUACAGCGGCAGCAGCAACAACAGACAUCCCAGACCGACAUGUGCGACGACGACGUUGCUGCCCUUGUAAUCGACAACGGCUCCGGUAUGUGCAAGGCCGGGUUCGCCGGAGACGAUGCCCCGAGAGCCGUGUUCCCCUCCAUCGUGGGAAGACCACUGCACCAGCCUGUCAUGGUUGGCAUGGGACUAAAGGACAGAUACGUUGGAGAUGAAGCCCAGAGCAAGAGAGGUAUCCUGUCCAUCAAAUACCCCAUUGAGCACGGUAUCGUCACUAACUGGGACGAUAUGGAGAAGAUCUGGCAUCACACCUUCUACAACGAGCUGCGUGUGGGACCAGACGAGUACCCCGUGCUGCUGACUGAAGCUCCUCUCAACCCAAAGGCCAACAGGGAAAAGAUGGCACAGGUAAUUUUCGAGGGCUAUGCCCUGCCCCACGCCAUCUUCCGUCUGGACUUUGCUGGUGGUGAAUUGACCGACUACCUGAUGAAGAUUCUCACAGAGCGCAGCUAUCGUCUCUUCACAACUGCCGAACGGGAAAUUGUUCGUGAAAUCAAGGAGAAGCUGUGCUAUGUUGCAGUGGAUUUUGAGCAGGAGAUGCAGACCGCUGCUUCCAGUUCAUCUCUGGAGCAGAGCCAUAAGCUCCCUGACGGACAGGUCAUCACCAUCGGCAACGAGCGGUUCCGCACGCCGGAAGCCCUGUUCCAGCCCGCCCUCCUUGGCGAGGAGUUCCCUGGCAUCGACGGGACCAUAUACAACAGCAUCAUGAAGUGCGCCUUGGACAUCCGUAGGGAUCUGUUCGCCAGCAUCGUGUUGUCUGGAGGCUCCACCAUGUUCCCCGGCAUCGCCGACAGGAUGCAGAAGGAAAUCACGGCCCUGGCCCCACCCGACUUGGAGAUCAAGAUCAUCACUCCCCCAGAGAGGAAGUACUCUGUAUGGAUUGGUGGCUCCACCCUUGCCUCUCUGUCCACCUUUCAACAGAUGUGGAUCAGCAAGCAGGAGUAUGACGAGUCUGGGCCCAGCAUCGUGCACUGCAAAUGCUUCUAGGAGGCGAACUAUGAACUCGAAAAAGACGUUUUUUUCAUCAUCAUUUAAGUGGCUUCCAGACACGAACUCUUGAUUUCUUAAUUCAAAAACCUUUAAGACAGGAAAGUAAGCAAAUAACUGUAUGUGAGUUGGGGCAUUCCAAUGAAUAAAUUAAGUGUUGGGAUAUAAAGCUCGAUCCCAGGAAUCCACCUUUUAUUCAGAAUUCGAAAUUGUUGCCUGAGCAAGUUGUGACGUUAAAAAAGAGGAGCUCAUAGUGGUAUCGGUGUCCUACGUCGAAUUUAAACAGUUACUGCAUUCAAGAUGGCUGUGCUGAAUGCAGAUGUGAUCUCUUAACCAUGAAUUUUUCUUAGAAGCUUACUUUGUGGAAUUGCUGCCCCUUGAAAAUACCACUUGACAUCACUCUUUUUAUUGGUUGCUUUCAUUGAAAAGCGCACCUUUCAAACAUUUAACAGCUCCCGUGUUUUCCUGAGAAAUGAAGACGCUGUUACUUGUUCAUGUAGGAGGAGUUCUCCUCAAACAGUGAACCUGGAUUUUUUUCAUUUGAAUAUGUUUAUGAGAAAGCUUUGCUGGCUUGGCUACAUGUCAAAAGCUAACAACGAAUCUCCAAAACAAGCACAAUUUUAUGACAGCAAACUUUCCAAAUUCUAGCAAAUUGAAGUGCAGAAAAAGCUUUUACACUGAUGACUGCUUCCCUUGGAUGACAUCAGUCUUUACUCAUAUAAUAUGUGCAGAUUGUCAUGAGCAUAAAAUCCAACGAACAUCAGAAUGGCCUUAAACGGUACAACCAACAUGAUAAAGGAAGCAUUAUUCCCCUUUAAACGUGGAGGAACCGGAGAAAACGAGGCAUCCACAAAUUGUGUUUCCAUUUAACAUUUAGGCUAAACCACAGAAAAUUUCAAACUGAAAACGACGGAUGAAAAUCUGCGAUUAUCUCUCUGAGAUAAAAAAAAAUGGGAAGUUAUAGUUUUGACGACACACAAGAGCUUGCCACCGAUCACAUCCUGGGAUGAAGAGACGAGUAUCGUUCCAUCAUCCAGCCAACUGCUGUGUAACUUUGCCGCGACCUAUAAGGCAUUCUUAAGCAUGAAACAAACGGAGAAGGAUGCAUGAGUAAAUUCACAAAAAAUACAACCAAUCCAAAAGGCGCUGGUUUUUAGAGACAGACAAAAAUCUCAAAAUGUCGAAACAGUUAACAAAUGCACAGAAUUGGAUUUCAUUGACAAAGAGAACAUCCAAUGAUCUACCGAACCUUUGGAGAUAUUUACUGCAAAAUACUCCAUCAUUUAUUAUAAGAUGCAGUAGGAAAACGCAUGUACAAUUAUUAUUAUUGUAACGUGUCAAAUAAUAUUUCUAUACAACUGAACCGUAGGUACUAUCUGGACGAUAUAUAAACAGUCUUUCAUUCCGUAAUAUACUUUGCUGAUAGGAUAUCGGAUUUCUCAGUGUUAACUUUUACAAGAGAUUUUCAUUUGGCAUCCACAGACAUUUUAUACCCUUUCCUUUAAUACAUAGUCUCUUAAAUGUACAUCAGAAGUGUCUGUAAGAAAUUGUACAAAAGACUCCAACUUCGGAAGCUGGGUGACUUUUCCAGAA